UCACACCUGUACGAACAGUUCAAGUGUGUGUGAUCAUACGUCAUCAAUCAUUGAGAUAAGAUAAGUCCACGAAAAUCAUAAUUGCCAAUAACUAUUUCAUAGUGAAUCGCCAUGCUCCUUAUAUUAUUAUGUGUCGCUCAAAACGUACUCCAAAUUCAGUCUUCGAAAAUAUUGACCAUCAUACCAACCGCCUCGUACAGUCAUCAUUCUCCAUUCCAACCGCUAUGGAGGGAACUGGCCUUGAGAGGCCAUCAUGUGACUGUCCUGACAACCGACCCCCAGAAGGAUGAAUCACUCACUAAUCUCCGAGAGAUUGACAUGAGCUACACUUACGAAAUUUACAAAAAACACAACGUUUCGGACUUGCUCAGCGAUGACAGCAAAUCUUUCAUGGAGAUGGGUAAGAAGUUGGGGAUUGUGUUCAGAGAAGCGCAGCAUGCUCAGUUAUCAUCUGCCGAAGUACAAGAGCUCAUUCACAACAAGAACUACUCAUUCGAUCUGUUGAUAGUAGAAGCACAGACUCCAGGAAUGCUCUCUUUCGCUUGGAGGUUUCAGUGCCCAAUAAUCGGAGUGGCUUCUUUGGAUAGCGCUAUGCAGUACCAUGAUUCCAUGGGGAAUCCGAUUCACCCUGUGCUCAACCCCGAUUACAAUUUGGAAGUGGGAGAAGCAGAUGAGAUGACUUUUUUGGAGCGAUUUCUCAGUUUCAUUUAUAUAGCUGCAUAUAAGAACUUGAUUUAUCACAAGACCUUUCCAGCUCAGUAUGAGAUAGCGAAGCAAUAUUUUGGUGAAGAUUUGCCACCUUUGAUAGACAUUCAGAACAAUAUGAGUUUGCUGUUUGUUGGAACGCAUCCCCUUUUUCAUAACUUGAGACCUUUGAAUUUAAACACUAUUACUCUUGGAGGAGGGAUGCAUAUCAAACAACAGAAACCUUUACCCGAGGGACUGAAGCAAUUUUUGGAUGGAGCUGACAAUGGAGUCAUCUAUUUCAGUUUGGGGAGUAAUGUGAAAUCCAAAACCAUGUCAAACGAAUUCAAAAAAGCCAUCAUAGGAGCCUUCGCUGAAAUACCGUACAAAGUUCUUAUGAAGAUAGAUGGUGAGCUGGAAGAUCAUUGUCGCAUAUGUAUCACCAUGCUGUUCAAAUUACUGUGCGUUGUCCUGCAGAUUCUUGGAAUCCAUUCCGCAAGAAUACUGACCAUAAUUCCGACAGCAUUUUCCAGUCAUCAUUCGCCGUUUCAACCGUUGUGGCGAGAACUUGCUUUGAGAGGCCAUCAACUUACCGUACUGACAACUGACCCUCAGAAAAACACAUCGCUAAUCAAUCUGAAGGAGAUUGAUAUGAGCUAUACUUACGAUAUCUACAGGAAAUACAACUUCACAGAAUUGCUCAGCAGCACCGACAGUAUAAUGGAACUAGGCUCCAAAGCUGCAGUUAUGUUUGAUGAAGUCCAGCAUACUCAACUGUCUUCUCCUGAAGUCCAAGAACUGAUUCACAAUAAAAACAUCCACUUCGAUCUGUUAAUGAUAGAAGCGCAGUCCCCAGAAUUGCUGGGAUUUGCUUGGAGGUUUCAAUGUCCAACCAUAGCCAUCACCACCCUAGAUUGUGCUAUGCAGUACCAUGAUUCUCUGGGGAAUCCUAUCCAUCCAGUUAUCAACCCAGACUUCAACUUAGAAGUGGGGCAUCCGGAAGAGAUGGGUUUUGCAGAUCGACUUCGAAGUUUUCUCUUCAUUCCUCUGUAUAAGUAUUUCAUGUAUCACAUGACCUAUCCGAGAAUUCACAAUGCAGCUAGAAAAUUCUUCGGUGAUGAUUUGCCACCUCUGAAAGAAAUACAAGACAACAUAAGUAUGUUGUUCAUCAGUACUCAUCCUCUGUUCCACAAUAUUAGGCCUUUGAAUCCGAAUACUAUCACGAUUGGGGGAGGAAUGCAUAUAAGACAACCGAAACCCUUACCUGAGGAUUUGAAAAAGUUCUUGGAUGGAGCUGAAAAUGGAGCGAUUUACUUCGCCCUGGGAGGUAAUGUCAAUUGUGAAUCCAUGUCCAAUGAAUUCCGAAAAACCCUCGUGGAUGCUUUCGCCCAGAUUCCGUAUAAAGUACUGAUAAAAAUAGAUUGUCAAUUAGGUGAUAUUUCCAGUAACGUCUUGGUCCAAAAAUGGGUUCCACAGCAGGAUAUACUCCGGCACCGCAAUGUUAAGUUGUUUAUAACACAUGGUGGAAUUUUGUCGCUUCAAGAAGCCGUUAUCAACAAUAUACCUGUUAUCGGCAUUCCCUUCUUUGGUGAUCAAAAAACAAAUUUGAAUAAAAUUGUUAAAUGGGGAAGCGGAAUAAAACUGGAUAGGAGGAAACUAUCCAAAAAUGUAUUAUUAUAUGCCAUCAACGAAGUGAUAAAUAACCCCAAAUAUCGUGAGAAGGCCAGGGAGAUGGGAGACAUAUAUAGAGACGAAGAGAUUCCUAGUCUACAAAGAGCAAUCUAUUGGACCGAAUAUGUAAUCAGGAACAAAGGAGCAAGACAUCUGAGAAGCCUUGCGGUGAAAAUGCCUGCCUGGAAAUAUUAUAUGUUAGAUGUAAUUGCAUUCUUAACUUCGAUUGUAUUGUUGAUUACGUUUGUUUGUUAUUUGGCUUUGAAAUUCUUUUUUAGAUCAAUUUCAAGGCUUUCUAUAAAUAAGUUCUCAGAAAAGAAGUAUAACUAAUGUGACUGAAUUUUGACAAUUUUGUUAAUAUGAAUAUUUUUCAAA